ACUGGAAGUCGGGAGCAGAGCGCUCGUAUUUCCGCGGAGUAGGGGGCGAAGAAACAGGUCCACACCACGUUCUAAAAAAGCUGCUCCGCUCCGCUCCUCGUUUUCUUCUCCGGGAAGAAGUGGCGAUGCCUCGGCCGGUCGAUCCGGCGGCGAUGCCGGUCGAGUAGCCGGCGCCUCUUUUUCUCUCCAUUGCAUCGUCGGGGAAAACCGUCGAUCGAAUCCGGAGCUUUCGGCGCAUUCGGAAUGGGGAGCGUCGGAGAGAUCGAGGCGGCGGCGGCGGGCGGCGCGGACACCGUCUUCGUCGCGGUGGGCCGGGACGUCGAGGAGGGCAAGGCGACGCUGCGUUGGGCGCUGCGGCACUUCCCCGGGAAGCGGAUUCGCUUGCUCCACGUGCAGCAGCCGACGAGAAACACCGAGUUUGCCGCCAGUAAACCAAAACAGUGUGCAGUUUACGAUUUGCAUGAAGUUGAGAUGCGGAAAAUGCCUGAAGUUCUUAAUGAGUACCUUGUGUUUCUUGCUCAGGCAGGAGUGGUAGACUUGGAUAAAGUUUGGAUCGAGACGGACAGCAUUGAGAAGGGAAUCCUAGAAAGUAUUUCUCGAUACAAUAUUAGAUGGCUCGUGAUAGGAGCAGCAGCUGAUAAAGACAAUUCUAAGUUGGACUCCAGAAAAGCUGUAUUUAUUUGCCAGAAUGCACCAGAUUUCUCUCAGAUUUGGUUCAUUUGCAAGGGUUGCCUCAUAUACACAAACACCAGGCAGCCAGAAUGCUUGAAAUCAGAACGUCCAACUUUUAAGCAAAAAUCUCUUGAUCGGCUCAUGAAUCCAGAAUGCAGGAUCAUUCAGCGAUCAAGAUCUGGGGAGGUCAGCAUUAAACAAUUGGCAAGGAGUUUUAGCAGUUUGGAAUUGUUUGAUGGGUACAUUGAUAAGAGCGAAGAUGACAGAGGACCAGUGCUGAGAAGGCUCAGGUCACAGUGUUUAGAACAACCAGAGAACAAGAAAAUUCAAGGGCAACCUGCUGGAGGCCUCUAUUGUAGAUUGGAACAGGCAAUUGUGGAUGGUAAGAGUUCCAGGCCACAAGAGUUUGAGGAGGCACUGGAUGCUAAAAUGAAGGCUCUAACUCUCUCUCACUCUGUGUAUCCGGCCCAGUCAGUGGAAAUUUUAUAUAAUAAGGAGGUGAAUGAAAGAAAGGAGUUGGAGAAAAUGCUGGGAAGCAAAAGACAACAAUUGGAUAGGGUGAAAAACCAGUACCAUAAGACAACAAGAGAACUCCUAACAGUUCGGGAACAGAACUCAAUACUCGAGAAACGAGCUCAAAAAUCCAAGUUGGAGGUGAAGGAGCUGGAGGAGAAGUUCCAAUCAGCUGUGGAACUCUUGAUAACUUUCAAGGAGAGACGAGACAAACUACGUGUUGAGCAUCAAGAUGCCCUGAAGGAUGUAAGAGAUCUGAGGAGAUCAGCACAAGUUGGAACUCCAAGCUUGUGUGGCCCACAGAUCCUCUCCUUUUCUUUUGCUGAGAUUGUUGAGGCAACACACAAUUUUGAUCCAUCUCAAAGGAUUGGAGAAGGAAAAUAUGGAACUGUUUAUAAAGGCCUACUUCGACAUUUACAUGUCGCUAUAAGGAUGCUGCCCUCUUUUGGUUCUGCAGGAGCAGUGGAUUUCCAACGCAGGGUUGAGGUGUUAAGUAGGGUGAGGCAUCCAAAUUUGGUCACACUUAUCGGAACAUGUCCAGAAUCUCAGUCACUUGUAUUCGAAUACCUAAAAGCUGGCAGCCUCGACAAACGUCUUUCAUGCAAAGGCAAAAGCAAAACUCCCCCACUUACAUGGAAUAUUCGAACCCAAAUUGCCACUGAUAUUUGCUCUGCACUUGUCUACCUUCACUCCCAUAAGCCUCCAAUUAUUCAUGGGAAUUUAAAAUCCUCCAAAGUCCUCCUCAAUGCCAAUUUUGUAGCGAAAGUUGGUGACCUUGGCAUCUAUUGCUUAGUUCCCAAGAAUGAAAAUUCUAAGAUCGCUAAAUCAGAUGCUGAGAGUGAUUCUGAGGUCACUUCACUUUACGAGGAUCCAGAAUUUUUAGUGAGUGGACAGCUUACUCCUGAAUCAGACGUGUAUUCUUUUGGAAUCAUCUUGUUGCAGCUUGUGACUGGAAAAUCAUCUUUAAGCAUUGUGAAAGAUGUGAAAUGUGCACUAGAUAAGGGAAAUUUCGAUAAAGUAGUUGACUUUUCAGCUGGGGACUGCCCACUCGAUCAAGCCAAAUGGUUGGCUCAAUUGGGCUUGAGGUGCUGUGAACGGAACAAGCUGGACCGCCCAGACCUUGUAUCGGAAAUUUCCAGUGUGAUCGAGUCAAUAAGGGCUUUAUCUAUUGAAUCAGCAUCAAGUUCUCGUUCGAAGGAGCCUGGCAAAACACCCGCUCAUUUUGUCUGUCCCAUUUAUCAGGAAGUCAUGAAAGAUCCACUUAUAGCAGCUGAUGGAUUUACAUAUGAAGCAGAAGCAAUACAUGGAUGGUUGCUAAGUGGUCACAACACUUCCCCGAUGACCAAUCUCAAGUUGGAGCACAACGACUUAGUCCCAAACCACGCCCUGCUCUAUGCAAUUCAAGAAUGGCAAGAGCUACUGUAAAAUCUUUCCUCCCUUCAUGUACAUUUACCUGUCUACCCAAAAUCUUCUCAUAUGAUGCCUCGAGCCUCAAUGCCAAUUAGUUAUACUGAUUUGCGUAAAGAUCUUGAUGUACAGAACAAAGAAUUGUUUUAGUUCCACCAAUGGGAUAGUUAUUUUCCACCUGUUGAUCA